GAUGUCACGCUUCGGUACCCACUAAGCAGUCUAGAAGACUGGUAAAAUUACAAAUAUUCUUUGGCUUACUAUCACACGUACACCAUGGCAUUGUGUUGUACGUAUAAAACAUCAUGGAAGUUUCUACAAUUGCCAUUUAGACUAUUAGUGUCAUUGGUGUUAGUUGUGCUGAUAGUAGGAGGUUAUUAUAUCGCGCAAAUUAGUUGGAAUAGAGCUGAGAAGGGUACGCAAGAUGAAGAUGGCGACGGACGACAUGGUCAGGUACCAGAGUCUCCUCGGCGUCCAGCUAUUCUUCCUUACACUAAGGAGAAGUUUGUUCCUGCACUUAAUAAAACAUGGAUGACAUGGACUACCUUCGACAGCCCAGGCAUGUACCGCGCAUGCGUUCCAAGACCUAAAGAUGUCCUUACAGUGCAUGAUAUUGUGACGGCUGGAUUGGCGAAAGAGUCGACGAACAUGACUAUUGGACUGUGCCUAAAAACAUGCAUCUCGCUUCGUCUCACAUAUGCCGCCCUCAGUCGGGGAAGUCAGUGUUUCUGUAGUGACGUCAAAGCCGAACCAGUUUUGUUGAACUACAUGGAGAGCGCCCUCUGCGAUAAACCAUGCUCAGGUGACCCGAAGUACAACUGUGGAGGGAUGGAGUUUAUGUCUUUAUACCGGACAUCAGUUCCAGAUCUUCGAUGUUCAAAUGUGGAGCUGAAAGCUAAGAACAGUCUACCGUUGAUCGCUUUGGCGAGCUACCCUCGAUCUGGGAACACAUGGACCCGUUCGCUCAUAGAGAAAGGAACAGGAAUACCGACUGGAAGUGUCUACUGGGAGUACGAGAGUAAACUCCGAAUCGCCAAGAAACUCUUCAUUGGUGGGAACAUUGACUACAAAACGAAGCAGACAAUUUGCAUCAAAUCUCACCUGAGUGACACUAGCCAUGUUGAAGAGUUUGAGGGCGCUGUUCUACUCCUGAGGAAUCCAUACAGCGCAAUCGUUGCCAGACGUCUCAUGAAAGGAAAAAUGGCUCACGAUGAAGCGAUAAAACAGUUCCAGACUCCAGAAUGGACGAAAUUUGCCAAGGAGCAGACUGCACAAUGGAAGACCAUGGCAUUACAGUGGAUCACACACUCUAAGCGCAUCCAUGUGGCACAUUACGAAGACCUACAGCAGCACACCAGCGAAGAACUCACAAAGAUUGUGCAGUUCCUGAACGUCCCUGUGGAUAAACAACGGGUGUUGUGCGCCGUACAAGAGAACCCGCCUCAUAAAGCCACUGGUAUUGUUAUUGGUGACCAUGGACGAAAGACCCGCGAGUAUCUGACUGACGAUCCAUUCCCAAACGAUGUCCGCAAACUGAUAGAUGAUAAUAUUAAAGAGGUGAAUUCAACUCUUGUUAAAUAUAACUUGGCACCUUUCCCGAUGGAUUAUUCGGUUAAGAUUUUCUAAAAGGCACUUUGUCAGCACACGCUGGCUUCAUUUUAAACUGUUCAUUGUCUUAGUUACAUCGUCCACACUGAUGGUCUGCUCAUAUGCAAUGAUAUCCCAAGCUGGACCAUACCACGCGUCCUGGAGGGGUGUCAAUCAAACAGGGAAUGUGGCUGGGAUACAUGUGAAUAAACUGAUUGAUUGAUUGAUUGAUUGAUUGAUUGAAUGAAUGGCAAUUUUAUCCUCAAUGUGUCCCCUAGAUUGAGGCAAUGAUUGAUGCUUGGUUUCGUAUCAAAGACUUUUGAACAGAGGAGGUAUUUCUUUUUAGCCUGCAAUAUGUAUAAAUGUGUUAAUGGUUUAGCCCCAGAAAAACUUUUAAAUAACACUGAGAUGUACUUUGAUAGGCAUGGGUUCAUUCAUAGAAAUGCUGAUUCUCACCCUCAGCCUAACAUCGAAUGUUUCAAGCAAUCUUUUAAUUAUUCUUGUGCUCAUAAGUGCUGUUAUAUGGAACAAGUUACCUACUGAGGCCCAAAAUGCAUCGUCUAUUAGUGCUUUUAAAAAUAUGUAUAAACAAAUCAAUUUGUAUAUAUAUUUUAAUCCUCAUGUUGUUCUGGUUUGUAUAAUGUUAAUUUUUUUUGACUACUUUUUAAGUGGUGUUUUCCUUUUUUUUGUUAUAACACAGAAUCAUAAUGCAAUA